AUGUGUCCAUUUCGAGACUAUAACAAAGCAGUCGAGAAUUUGAAACGUUUAGUCAUUUAUGUUGACUCUGCCCCAGAAUGUUAUGUUAUGAAAGAAUGGGAUGUAGUCUUUAACAAACCAAGAGCAACAAUAGUUUCAGAACAAGAAUGUAAACAGAAACUUAAGAAAAUAAAAGUCGUACAAGUUGGCAUGAAGAUGUUAGAUGCUUGGGAUAUCUUAUUGUCAAAGUUAGAAGAUUUUUCAGUUCGUGGUAUAAAGUUCUAUACACCUUCUCCAAACUUCUAUUCUAUCUUCACUGGAUAUAAAUACGAACAAGUAGAAUGGAAAGAAAAUAUUAUAGAAGCUUGGUUAGACCAUGUCAAAGAAAUUAUAUGCAAUGGAAACGAAAGAGUCUAUGAGUAUAUCUUAUGUUGGUUUGCAAACAUCUUACAACAUCCAAGUGCUAAAAAUGAAACUGCUCUCAUUAUAAUUGGAAAACAAGGAACUGGUAAGAACACUUUCUUUACAGAUAUCUUAUGCAAACUGUUAGAGGGCUAUUCGAACCCUAAUAUGACAAACUUAGAAAACAUCUGCGGUAAAUUUAACUCUUCAAUAGAGAAUAUGAAACUUAUAGUAUGUAACGAACUUCAAA